GCAUUAUCGUAUAAGUCUUAUCAUUCAUUUAUUCAUUCUCCACCAAUGAUGGCCUGUGUCCAAAACCUUGCAUCUGCACGGAAAUCUGUUGCUAGAUAUCUUCAUAUAUCAGGUGUAUAUAGUUUUUGUGAUAUUUGCUACAUUUUUUACAUUCAGGCAAAAUGGAUGCCAGCUUGGUUUCACGUGGCACCUGCCGGCGCCUGUUUGAUCGCAUGACCCGGAAAAAGUUGAUUGACUCUAGUGACACGGACACUCUCUUGAGCCGAUGUCUGAGCGCCAAGAGACUGACGUUUGUCGGAAUGGGCUCCAUGGUGGGAGCUGGCAUCUACGUAUUGGUGGGUGUAGCAGCCAAAAACUUAGCAGGUCCGUCGGUCAUCAUAUCGUUCCUGCUAGCCGCCAUAUGCGUCUGCAUGACGUCAUUCUGCUUCGCAGAAUUUGCUUCCCGCAUUCCAAAAUCUGGUAAUCCCUAUUUGUACAUUUAUGUCGUCUACGGAGAGUUUGUUGCCUUCCUAAUUGGAUGGGGAUUCAUCAUAAGUUAUGUCACGUCUGGGUCGUUGUGCUCACGGGCCUGGAGCGGAUACGUUGACUCCCUAUUAAAUAACGGUAUAAAAAAUUACACCUUGAAACAUAUAGGCAAGUGGUCAGUGGGUGACCCUGUCUCGGAAUAUCCAGAUUUCGUCGCCUUUGGGGUACAGGUUUCUGUACUGUUUAUCGCUGCCACGGGAACCCACUGUUCUACAGCCGUCAACAGCAUUUUAGCUGGCCUCAAUGUGGCCGUGCUUGGACUGGUUAUGGUCAUGGGCGCUGUAUUUGGAGACGUACAAAACUGGCACAGUCAAGAGCAUGGAGGUUUCUUCCCAUUCGGGAUAAAGGGUGUAAUGCAAGGAACUUCCGCGUGUUUCUAUGCCUUCUUCGGGUUUCAGACAGUUUGUAUUGCGGCUGAGGAGGCUAAAGAUCCUUCUAAAUCAGUGCCCAGAGCACUCCUGUCCAGUAUCGUCAUUACAGCAUUACUGUAUGUAGGUACAGCCAUUGCAUUUACGCUGCUGGUCCCGUUUUGGAUGGUUAAUGAACGAGCGCCAUUGUCUGCAGCAUUUGACCACGCUGGACCGGCCUGGAUGAAGUACAUAGUGUCCUUAGGACCUCUGUUUGGAUUCAGCAAUAUCCUCAUCCUCAACUCCUAUGGGUUUUCUCGAUUGUGUUUCUCUUUGUCUGAGGAGGGCCUCCUUUGGAAAGCCUGUUCAAAAGUUCACAAACGUACUAAAGUCCCCAUGCUACCACUCAUUGCAGGUGGGCUGGCAAUGUCUGUCGGGGCUAUGUGCUUGGACCUAGAAAAUUUGUUUCGUUUUAACGUCAUCACCACAAUCCUGCCUUUCUCAUUGGUCAAUUUUGGCGUGCUUAUUCUGAGGUACGAUCCACGUUACAACAAGCUCAGGGUAGAUUCUGCUGGGGAGAUGAAAUUCAUGCAACCGGAAAAGUCUACACGCCGCAGUGGCUCAACGGAUCCUUUUAUCGAUACCAAAGCUGGAAGCACUCUCUGGUUGUCAUACGUAACAUCAGAACUAAGAGCUAUAGUGAAUUGUUUCGGAAUUCGUUUGUAUAUAUUGACCAUUUUCACGUGCACAGCUUUGGUGUCGGUCGUUUUAAUGCUGGGAGAAGACGGCUUUACUGAGCAGAACAGUAUUUCAUUAAUAGUUGUGGGCCUGUUGGUGUCCAUAAUAGCUGCCUGUGUAUUUGCAAUAGCCUCCAGUGAAAGGCUCGAGCCGGCGUCUUUGUUUAAGGUUCCGUUUGUACCCUUCUUCCCUCUCGUCAGUGGAAUGCUAAAUGUGUUUUUCUUGGUAGCGGCCGUCGACAAAGGCAGUGCAAUAGGAUAUUUUACAGAGUUUACUCUGGGCAUUCUAGUGUAUUUUGGGAUGUGUUUCUGUGAUCUGCGUCAUUCCUCGCGAGCAUAUGGGAACUCUUCUGUGAUGGAGAUGGAAACGCUGAUAGCAGACGACACUGAUAUCACUUCGGCGCAUGCUUAA